AAAGUUUGGACUUAACCACACUUCAUUAUUACAAUCAUUCACACCUUCUUCGUCUUUAUCUCUUUCUCUCUCUACCUCUUUUUCUCUCUCUACAAUUCCAAAACCCUAGCUCUUCCGAUUCAUCAUCAAAAUGGGUUCUGAAGGAUCCACCGUCGUUGUUCCUAGGAAUUUCAGAUUAUUGGAAGAGCUUGAGCGAGGUGAGAAGGGAAUUGGAGAUGGAACUGUUAGCUAUGGAAUGGAUGACGCUGAUGAUAUAUUCAUGCAGUCAUGGACUGGGACUAUUAUUGGCCCCCCGGGUACUGUUCAUGAAGGUCGUAUCUACCAGUUGAAGUUGUUUUGUGGCAAGGAUUAUCCAGACAAUCCACCAUCUGUUAGAUUUCAGACAAGGAUUAACAUGACUUGCGUCAACCAAGAAUCUGGAGUGGUUGAACCAAAUUUGUUUCCCAUGCUUGCUAGUUGGAAAAGAGAGUCUACAAUGGAAGAUAUUUUGCUGCAAUUGAAGAAAGAAAUGAUGUCCCCACAAAACCGGAAGCUAUCUCAGCCUCCUGAAGGCAAUGAAGAUGGAAGGAUUGACCAAAAGGGGCUGGUGCUGAGAUGUUGUAUCGUGUAAUUCAGGUGAGAAUCUAAGUAAAAUAAUGUAAAUAAUUAUAUUGAAUAGAUAAUCCGGGUUCAUGGGUUAAUGCAUUUAUAAAUGUAAUUAUUGACCAUUGCGUUUGUAACCUGGAGAAAUCAAAGAGUGACUAUCCUAUCCUUGAAUUUUAACGUGAAUUGUGUUGAAACUUGAAACUGCUCUUUACUGCGGACUCUAAUUUGGCAGCGGGAACCUUUUAUCUUUGCUUUUUUAUGUACUCAUCUUUGGAGCUGUGAUCAGUAUGCAUACUUCCAUCCUGAAAUUAUGGAUGUAUCCAUUUGGUUGUUGAAUAA